AGCCGCACUCGACGGCUUACCCUGUACGGUUUUGCCGGCGAGGGCGGGCUGAGAAAAUACUGUUCCCUACCAGGCGCGAAGUCUCGUUUGUGUUCUGACUACCAGAGCGAUUGUAUGUUCAAGUCAGACGUCAGCUGCAUUCACUCAUCAUGGCGCUACGGCUGUUCCUCCAGCGCGUUUCUGGGCGCGGGGAGACCGAGUACACCUACAAGCCCCUGAAGGACGGCGAGAUUCGGGUCCUCCACCUCCUCCCGGGAACAGGCCGCAUGCGACUCGAAGCCGAGAUCGAAUCGGUCGAUAUUGCAUCUGCGGAGUCGUACUUCGAAGCGCUGUCCUACUGCUGGGGCAGUGACCUCAAGCCGAAGGUCAUCUACAUUGACGGGGCGCCCCUGCCCAUCACCCGAGCACUCGCCUCGCUCCUGCAGCGGCUACGGCUGCCGACAGAGCGACGACGGCUGUGGACGGACGCAAUUUGCAUCAACCAGGAUGACAAGGAUGAAAAGGGCCGCCAGAUCGCGCUCAUGGCCAGGAUCUACACCGUUGCCGCAACUGUUAACGUCGACAUCGGCGAGGAAACCCUCGACAGCUCGCUGGCAUUGGAGCUGCUGGAUCGCUUCUGGAAGAAGCACGUAUGGUCUGGCGUCCUGGCUGAGAUCCACGGCGCCGUACUACCGCCCGAAGACUUUGCGAAGUGGGUCGGCGUAGUACUUCCCGAGAAGCCGGGUGAUGAGGGUGAUGAAGCAUUCUCAUCCUCCACGGCGGGGAACCCCGCCGGGUAUCCAUGGAUGCACGCCAUCGUUGGCCGGUUGCUGACGGCUUACCGCUGGGCGAGCCUCGCAGCCGAGUUCUAUGGCCGCUUCAGCCUGCCGGGCCUCAAGAACGGCCUGAGCCCUGGCGAACUCCCUCCCGACGAUGACCCUCGGUGGCGCUCCGUGUCUCACCUGUUCACGCGACCGUGGUUCUCGCGCACGUGGGUGAUCCAGGAGUUUGCCUUGGCGAGAGAGGUAGCGGUCAUCUGCGGCACCAAGCGCUACAAGUGGCAGAACAUUCUCGCGGGCAUCUACCGCUUCAUCAGCGGGGAGCUGCCCCCGCUAGCCAACAGCAGCGCCAGCGUGCGGGGCCGCUAUGCGUACUUGUUCAUGGGCGUGCUGCGGCAGGUGCGCGUCCUGCGCAGGACGGCAGAAGGCCGGGCAUUCCUCGCGCGCACGCAGAGCUCCGCCUACCAGUGGCGGAAGUUCCAGGAAGCUCGCCUGGUCGACGUGUUGCAUUACUUCCGCAUCUCCGAGGUCAGCAUUGAGAAGGACCGGUACUUCGCGCUACUAAGCGUCGUCGAUGACGUCGGCACGGGCGAGGAUGGCCACCGGCCACGGCUGCAGCUCAAUUACGCGUCCUCGACCGAGAGCACCAUCAUCCAGGUAGGCAGGUUUCUGAUACAGAACCCCUACGGCGAGGAAAUGCUGGCCAGGGCCGGGCUGUGGCAGCAGCAAGAUCCUCGCAUCCCCUCGUGGAUUCAAGACUUCCGCGGUUCGCGAAAACCCAUCGUGAUGAUGGACCAGACUACCACCCACAUGGGCGAGCAGGCCGGCGGGCCCGGCCCGUUUCGCGUUGCGCUGGCGCCUGAGCUCGAUGCUCACUCAGCCGGUGGCGCCUGCUUCAUUAUGCUACGGGGUUACCGGCUCGACGUCGUCGACACGGCGCCGCUCGCCGCCCGGUUCCUCAGCAUGGAGUCCACGGACAGCGGCAUCUUCGGCGCCAUGAAGGAGUACUUGCCAUUGGCACUCAAGACUCUCAUCGGCGACGGCUCCGCGUUGCUCUACGCCAAAGGCGAGCCCCUCACCACGGCGCUGUGUGCAACCCUCAUCUCGGGCAACCGGCUCAACGGCGAAAAGGACUACACCCCGCUCACGCCGGGGUUCCAUAUCCUCUCAUGGGUGUCGGUCGCGCGCAACAACGAGCAGGCAGUGCUCUGGGCUCUCAGGCGCGCGGUCCGGCACCUCGGGGUCGACUUCGAGACCGCGAAAAAAAGCUACCUCGGCUACGUCACCAACGUUGAGUACUCGGCCGUAUCGCAACGGUUGCAGCCGGCUCGGACCCGCAAGGGCUACUUCGCGAGUCUGCCGUCCUGCUUCGAGCCCGCGGACGAGAUCUGGAUCGUCCAAGGCUGCCGGGACCCCUUGCUGCUGCGGAAGAGCCGCCUGUUCCCGGGCAGCUACCAGCUGGUCCGCAGCUGCUAUGUCCACGGCUUCAUGGAGGGCGAGGCGCUGAACAGGCCCGGGUUCCGGUUCGAGCAGCUGUUGCUUCACUGAGCUGCUUGGCCGGCGGCGGCGGGAUUUUGCGGAGGUCGAUGAGGCCUACUCUGGCACACUGUUUCUGCGAGCA